AUGCCAAAACGAUCAAGGCCUAAUGAAGGAAACGAUAAUCCCACUCGUGGCGCCGAUAAAGCCAGGUGGACUCGGAUUAUGAAUCGGCGACGAGAAGAUUUCGCUAAUUUGGACACGCCAAAAAUAAAGACUAUUCUCAACCAGCUGCCACAGGCGCCCGACAGCAGCGUUGUUGAUGACUCCAAUGGAAAUAAGUCCCCCAAGGACCCCAAGGAACAAUUAGAAGAUAAAAUUUGGGAACAUAUGGAAAUUGCAGGAGAUGAGACGCAACCGACCUCGCGGCGGCGACAAUCCUGGGGCGUUAUUACUUCUACUUUUGAUCAGGUUGACGUCCAACUCAAUCGAACGUCAAGGUAUCCCCAGUCCACCAUUGCUACCGCAAGAUCCGUCUUGGACCGAGCAAAUCUGUCAGCGACAUCCAGCAUUGUACCAGCUGCCUUUCGUGCUGGUAGUGCUGUUGGCACCAAUUUGGCCCAUUAUCCAAAUCCGGCAGGAACGACGCGAGCUGCUGCUGCUUUAGCAGGGAAUCCUAAGCCAGUACACCGAGCGAUGCAGCAACAAAGCCGCACAAUCUCAACAACCAAUACUACUGCAACUGGUACUACGAGCACAUCAUAUAGUGCUACAACUACAACAGCCCUCUUGGGUACUACUUCUGCACAGGCCACUCAUUCAAUAAUGUUGGGGCGGCGGUCUUCGUCUACUCCAUCCGCAACGGUGGCUGCCCCUCGUGCGAUAGCACCACUGUUGAACGAUUUUAAUAAUAAUACAGCAGCCACUACUACCAAGUCUGCAACUGGAGCAUCUGGCGUUUCAACGACAACCACAACGACGGCAGCAACACUCACAAGACGGCCGAGUGCAACCAAUGGCACAUCAACGCAUUUGUCCGUGACGAGACGGCCUUCUGUUAACAGCAACAACCAAAGUGCUAUUUUGAACACAACCACUAGCAGGCAUCAGCUGCUGACGACGAGUACGACGAACAACAGAAAACCUGUUCAUUCUGCCUUGCAGGGAAAGUCUUCCUCUGUUGGCGCAGCACCAGCAGUACCAGCAAUAGGCGCUUCAGCAACCGCCAGAACUUCAAGUGCGUCAGCUUCCGUGCCUCCUGCUGGGCAAAAAAAUGCGACAGGCACUGCAGCAGCAACUACCAGUACAGCCCGGCCAGGUUCACUACCACCAGCGACCAAUAGUAUCACGGCUACCAGUGGUUCGACUGCUCCAAACAAUAACAAUGUGAGUCUUCCUUUACAUUGGGCCAUGCAAAGAAACUCGUCCUCUGGUGGUAGCACAAGAACGACUGGAGCAGGAGCAAUAACUGCAACCACCUCUGGUUCCUCUCAAAGCCACAAUCCUUUCGGUAGCACAAGUACACCACCAACAACCGCAACCGCUACUGGCUCGCCUUUUACGAGCUACAGUUCUUCAGGCACUUCGCAUGUGCCUCCUACUGAUGUGCGAAAGCACUUUGCUGGUGGAUCCACAAUGGGACAGCACAACAACGAAUUGAAUGGACAGGUGAGUGCGUUUUCCAACCGGAAUGGCACGGCUACGGCGAAACAGGGAGGAGCGUUCCCAACCUCCAAUGCGGCGGAUCAACGGAAUACUGUUGACUCAUCGUCUGCAUCCAAAAGUGCAUCCAAGAAUAGUCGAACACAGACAGGAACCCAAGCCCUACAAACAAGUCAGUCGAACUCGGGGAGCUCAGCGACGCUGAGAACAGCGGCCACUUCAGCCGCCGCCACUAGUCAGUCGCAAACUCGACCGCAACAGAAUGUCAGUCAACCGCCAGCAGCAGCCCAACCUCAAGCCAACAACCAAAGCACCACCAGCGCAAACGACAAUCGAAAAUUGACAACUAGUGGACAGAACACAGCGUCUACUACGGCAGCACCGACAGCAGCAGCCACCACAGCGAUAGCAAAUGGAAUGAAGCCGUCGACCAAUUCAACGGCCGCUAGUUCUGCAAAUAAACCGGGGAAAAAUGGAAUGGUUCCAAAUGGUGCAGGUGAUAAAUCGAAAGAAAACAAAAAACCAACUCUCGCCAAGAAAAAGAAAAUCCCCGAGAGAAAGCUGGAACUCAGCAAAAAGAUAUCAAAGAUUUGCCUUCCUGCUGACAAGGGCGAAGGGGGUAAAACUGGUUGCUUUUUCCAGCGACCGAAGUGCACUGUAAACUUUUUUAAAUACUCUCAUGUGCCUGGCACUCCAAGCGUUGUGAAGCGAUUCGCAUGUUCGGAACCAUACUGGUCUACUGUGCAGCUAUUUGAGCUUACCAUGAUGGCAAAGGUGGAUUCAAUCGAAUGGCAAACUGGCAUGGGCACAAAUCUGAACGAACCAAAGACAGCUUGGUCGAAGAUACUUUUUGGAAAACACAUGAGCGACAUUGCUGAUAAAGUCAAGAAAUGGGGUGCGCCAAGGGACAAUCCAGAAAACUUGGAGCACAGGCUUUUGCUACGAAUGCUUCCUGUCAAAGUCGAUGAGAAAAUGAAGAAGAAACGAGCAGAUUGUCAUUUGUGGCCCAAAGGGACUAUGCUUGUAGUAGAUGGCAAGGUACAACCAUUGGUGCAACGAAAGCAGCAGAGCCAUGACAAAUCUGAAUGGAAAUUCAUGUGCAAGCAUUUUGACUUGAGUAGUGUCAUCUCAUUCCCAUUAGCCAAUCAUACGAUCCAAGUUUGCUGUUUGGACCCCGAACAAUAUUAUGUUUCCCUCGAGUUGUGCCAGUAUCGGCCUCCGGAAUUUCACGUCAGGAAGCUACUUGGUAUGGAACCGGAAUGCAAGUCGCCACCCCUCCACCACAAGGUGCAGCGUCUUUCUUUGCCAGCGAGUAAGAAAAUUGCGAAAGAGCUGAUCAAUCAACAGGCGAUUGUCUUGGAUGACGACGAUGGUAACGCAGCAAAAAGUGGUGGUGUUGUUGGAAAGUUCGUCUUCUCCCUCAUUGAUCCGGUCAACAAGGGAGCGAUGAAGAUCCCUGUGAGAGGAAAGAAGUGCAAGCACUGGCAGUGCUUUGACCUGGAAACCUUCAUGAAGAGUAACAUUACAGUAUACGGCAGCCGCUGGCGAUGUCCCUGCUGCGAGCAAUUCUUGAGCUAUAACGAAUUGCAAUUAUGCGCCCUUACCGAGGCCGCCUUGGAGAAAUUCAAAGACCAGGUGACUCCCAAUCGAGGUCGGGUAGAAUAUCGAGUGGACGAGUCUUAUGAACUAUUGCCCGAAGAUAGGUUGCGCCACACGGCAAUUAAACGCCAAAGCAGUGUCAGUGGCGGAGGGGAUGGAUCUGGAGUGCAACCAAAACAGUCACCUAGCGAGCUGAGGCCAAGGCCUUCGACACAGGAAAUUGAAAUCAUCGAAAUCGACAGUGAUUAA